AUGGCGUCCAAAGAAGGGGAUUUGACACCACAAAAAAAAUUGUGGGAUGUUUGCACAUCUGGGUUAGACAAAAGAAUAAAAAGAGGGGAGGAAGAAAGAUGUCCGCUCGGCAGCUUCACGGCUGCUAGGACGUCCUACCUUGAUCGAGAAUCCACUUCAGCCAUGGCGAAGCAAUGUCAUGUGUUGGUUCAGCACUGUCAUACCCCAGCACUGUCAUACCUCAGCACUGCCAUAUCUCAGCUCUGUCAUACCUCAGCACUGUCAUACCUCAGCACUGCCAUAUCUCAGCACUGUCAUACCUCAGCACUGUCAUACCUCAGCACUGUCAUACCUCAGCACUGUCAUACCUCAGCACUGUCAUACCUCAGCACUGUCAUACCUCGUUCCGCCAGUUUGCUCCCAUCGUUUACCUUGGCUCUCAACACCCUGCGUGGACACGGAGUCACCAACAUCAUCCGGAUGGAUACCUCCGGUUAUUCUCCCCGUUCACAUGCAUGCAUGAGACACACCAGCUGCAAGCCCAAGAACGGCUACUGUUUUGCAGGAGCCAUAGUACCUUAGCAACCUCCCACAUUAGUACUGCUCUAUACCUGAAACCCAGGCCCAGGUCACCGCUUGGUAUUGAGGGCAAACCGGAGCGGAUCCUCUCCGUCGGCUGUCGACAGUCGCAGCAAGGGGUCAGUCAGGUCAAGAGUGACUAUGCACACUUUAACAAUUCCAUCCAUUACAAUGAAAUCAGUAGCUUAGUUCUCCGGUUUCGUGGACUCCUCCCCCUUCCCAAAAUGAACCUCUUCCGUUUUCCCGCCCCCGGCCCCCCUCCCCCUUCGCCCCAUCACCACUUCCAAAACGUCGUACAUACAAAACCAUCCGACCAUGACCGCUCCGUGGCGGCCACGGCCGGAGGCACGCGAGGCGUCGGCGGGGCCACCUUCGUGGACACCGGCAGCGGCGGGGUUCCGAUCGACUGCUCUUGUCAGCACGGCACGCCGAGAUGGUGAAUCACCAAUGCGGGAUGCUGUACUCUUGGUCCUCGAGCCUCCUGAUAUCUUCGUCGGUCAGCGGCGUGCAGCCGCCACAGGAACAUCGAAAGCCGUAGGUUCGGUACAGCUCGAUCGGCGAACCCCCGUAGCUGAUGCGAAGCUCAGCACCCGCCGGAACCAUGUCUUUACAAAUGAUGACGAGAUGCAAUCUCGAAGAUUGCGAUGCCGCCUGGGACCGCAAAUCUGUUCACGUCAGACGAAAGUUUAGCUGCAGCAUCAAUCGCAACCGGAGCUGUGCGACUCACGCGUUAAACUUCUUGAUCCGCUCCACUCUGCUGAAGAGG